AUGGUUAAAGACGUUGUUGUUGUUGGAAGUGGUGUCGCUGGCCUCACGUGUGCGUACCAGCUUGCCUCCAAAGGUUACAAAGUGACGGUUGUUGCUAAACACCUCCCUUCUACCUCUAUUACCGACUCUCAGUAUACAUCUCCAUGGGCUGGAGCUCAUUUCAGACCAGCUCCCUCCAAGACGCCAGAGGAUUACAGAGACUCUAAGCUGACCAGGGCUACAUACAAGGCGUUCAAGAAGCUCGCUGCUGAGUUUCCAGAGAGUUCUAUUCAGUUCAUGCCGGGAACAGACUACAUCGAGAAGUCCGACCCGGCCUAUUUGAACCUUGCCCCGGGCUAUUAUGAGGACUUGGAAAACUUUAAGGUGAUUCCAACGCACCAAUUGCCCAAGAACGUCAAGUUCGGUGCCAAGUACACCGCUUGGAGCUUGAAUGCUCCAAUGUAUCUGCAAUUUCUAGAGAGAAGACUGGAGAUGUUCUUCGGCGUGAAAUUUGUCCAGGAAAGCCUUGGCUCGUUGGAGCAAGUGGCAAAGAUGUUCCCAGGGAACAUUAUUAUCAAUUGUUCUGGCCGUGGACUGCAGUACCGUGGUGGCUACGACCCAACCACGUUCCCUAUCAGGGGCCAAACCCUGUUGGUGAAAGCUCCCGAGAACUGUCCUUACCGCAAGGAAACCAUCACGUACCAGCUGGCAGAUGGCAGGUUCCGGUUUGUGAUUCCACGUCCAUUGGACGGCGGAGUGAUUCUGGGUGGAACAAAACAGCCUGGUGACCUCAGCUCCAGCGUGAGCGAAGAAGACACAGCCAGUCUUAUUGCUGACGGUAAGAAGCGGUUUCCAGAGCUGCUGAUUGACGGAGAGUUCCAGGUCAAGCGGGUGAACGUUGGCUUCAGACCGGCCAGAAAAGCAGGCGUCAGAAUCGAGAGAGAGAUUGUUGACGGAACAGAAAUCGUCCACUGCUAUGGUUUUGGCGGUUCCGGCUUCGAGAUGAGCUGGGGAGCAGCAGAGAAGGUUGUCCAGCUUGUGACUGGCUCCAAAAGUAAACUAUAA